AUGGCGGCGACAGAGCAUGCGAUCACCAUCACUGAGCAAAUGGAGUUGCCAUCGCUCCCACCCAACCAGGGUCUUGAGGCGAUGAAAGAUAUUAUAUUUGGAUCGUCGGCAGGAAUGGCCGGCAAGCUCAUCGAGUACCCCUUCGACACUGUUAAGGUCCGACUACAGUCACAACCCGCACACCUCCCUCUCCAAUAUUCUGGACCAUUAGAUUGUUUCCGUCAGUCUUUCCGAACCGAUGGCUUCCGGGGACUAUACAGAGGCAUCAGUGCACCCAUGGCCGGCGCUGCGGUGGAGACCAGCUGCCUCUUCUUCAGUUAUCGCCUCAUCCAGGAUACCCUGCGCGCAACUGUUUUCCCAGAUGUUGAGCACCUACCGUUCUUAGCUCUCAUUGCUAGCGGUGCUCUAUCUGGCUCGGUUACAUCGUUGGCUCUCACUCCUAUCGAAUUGGUCAAAUGCAAGAUGCAAGUCCCUGCAGAGUCGGCAAGCCUCAGACCCACCGGUCCCAUGGCGAUUAUCGCAACUGUUUUCCGACAGGAGGGGUUGAUAGGAUUCUGGAGGGGCCAAAUGGGCACACUGAUCCGCGAAACCGGUGGCGGCGCAGCGUGGUUUGGUGGAUAUGAAGGCGUAUCCUCACUCUUCCGAAGUUAUAAUAAGUCAUUGGACUCGCAAUCAACUUCCGAUUCGCUCCCCCUACACCAACAACUGAUUGCAGGAGCAACGGCUGGAAUGAGCUAUAACUUCCUGUUCUACCCGGCCGACACUAUCAAGUCUCGCAUGCAGACUGAAGACAUAUCACGGCUGCCGGUCAGCGCUCGGCGACAGACGUUCUGGGGGGCAACCAAGGCUUUAUGGAGACAACAAGGGCUCAAGGGCAUGUAUCGCGGGUGCGGGAUCACCUGUGCACGUUCCGCGCCUAGCUCGGCCUUCAUCUUCUCCGUCUACGAAGGACUACGGCAAUACUUUGGAUGA